CAGGAAGCAGCGGCAGAAGCUGUGUGGAUGACACCAGGCUAGGCCCAGCCGUCUCGCCUUCCCUGCUGGGAUUCUGGAUUGCUUUAAUUGGAUCAGUUUCAGUUCCUUAGCAGGGACUAAAUGUGAUUCUGUGACUCUCACCUGGAGAAAAAGCAAGUUAAGUUCUUAGUGGUGGGCUCUCUUCAUGAUCUGAAGUCAUGGGGAGGCAGAGUCCCUCAGAGGCUGUCUUCAUCGCACUGAACUACAACAUCACUAUUGUGGGGAAGGUAUGGCUGGUCCUGACGGUCUUCUUGCGUAUACUGGUCCUCUUCUUUGCCGGCUAUCCUCUCUACCAGGAUGAGCAGGACAGAUUUGUGUGUAACACUAUCCAGCCUGGCUGUGCCAACGUGUGUUACGAUAUAUUCGCUCCGCUGUCCUUGUUCCGCUUCUGGCUGGUCCAGCUUACUUCCAUUUGCCUACCUUACAUUAUAUUCGUAGUCUAUGUGAUCCACAAAGUUCUGUCCAACCUGCCGGCUGAUCUUGAAGCUUCUGAGAGGAUGAAGCUUGGAUCUCUCUACAAGAUCUAUGAGGAACCUUUGCGUGAUACAUCCCUGUCAAAGGCCACUGUGAAGUCUGAGGUUGGGAGGCUGCGCCGUUUCACAGGGGCCUACAUAUUCCACCUUCUGCUCCGGAUUCUUUUAGAAGCUGGUUUUGGAGCUGCCCAUUACUACCUGUUCGGCUUCCACAUUCCUAAGCGCUUCAUGUGCCAGCAGUCUCCAUGCACCAUCAUGGUGGACUGUUACAUAUCCAGACCAACUGAGAAAACCAUCAUGCUGAACUAUAUGCUGGGGGUGGCUGCCCUGUCCCUUCUUCUCAACAUCUUUGAUCUGACCUGUGCCAUCAAGCGGUCGGUCAGGAAGAAGAGCAAGAAGAAGAUGCUGGUGGAGAAGAUGUAUGAGGAAGAGAGGUACUUUGUUUCUGGAAAUGGAGGCACAAACUCUGCCCCUCCUGUACCUCAGGACUUGCUGGCCAGAGGAAGCUUCCGUAAAAGAAUUAGCAAGGCCUGUGCUGAUGAUGGUGCUUCACUGCAAUUAGAAGGAGACCUUCAUCUACCUGCACCUCAUGAAGGACCUCCUCUAGGUAUCAACCUUGGCAUACCUGGCUCUAUCAAUGGUAACAAAGCUAGUGGUUAUCCGAUUCCUCAGGAUGAAGGGAUGGAGCGGGAGGGCAGUGAAGUGGCGCUUUGUCCACCUGAACCUUUGGGCACUCCCAGGUCCAUCCGGGUCAAUAAGCGUAGUCGUCUCAAGCCGCCACCUCCUCCUAGGAAGGACAGACCUGCAAGCGCAGGGGCGCUGGACAUCACGGAAGCAACAGCGGUUUGUACAAGGAGAGUAGGGCAAUACACACUGGUGGAGAUGAGCACAGGAAAUGACCUGCCGUCCAGCAGUGGAGAUGGACAGGAGAAGAAGUCUGAGUGGGUGUAACAGUCCAGAGACUUCCAUUAGAUGUCAUUAGAGGAUGAGGAAGGGUUGUCUGCACUGACCAGUCUAUGGAGCCCCCCUCCAGAGGGUGGUAGGAGAAAGAUGAUACCUAUCAUUGCUGUUGGAGCAAAACCUUGCAUCUCCAUUUUUGUUUUUUUUGGUUAUGUUUUACAUUUUUGACAAUGCCAUUUUUGCUCUUCAUAUUGUGUGAAAAGUUCCAUGAUGAAUGGAUCAAUAAGAACAGUCCAAAACGACUUACAGUUAACUCGAUUUACAUUAACUUCCUUUAAAAUUCAGAACAUUUUCCUUCACCUGUAAAGUUACCAUUUUGGUAAAAGGUUUGUUCAGACAACAGUAAUAUGUAUUGACAUGCAUUGACGUACAGGGGACUCAUAACUCGAGUUUUCCGUGGCAGAAUGCACCAUAUCAGUUUGUGCUGUGACACUUUAAUCAAGGGGGCGUUCUUAGAACUACAUGACACCUACAUAAGCCAUUUAUGACAGGUGACAUAAACCUACAUUAACAUUUUAUAAAAGGCAUUUUAACAUAAUUAAGAUUAUAUUUCCAGAGAAUCUUCGCAAUCGUGAAUCAUUGGAUUCAGGUUCUCUGGUGAAGUUAUUGAUCUGGUUGCUGGUCUACUUACUGAAAGGUGGUACAGGUAUUAUUCUGGUCAUGUGUAAAAGCAAACAGCAAAAAAAGAAAGCUGAAACGGACACUUUUAGUUUUCCCUCAAAUUUAAGGAGAGCAGGUGGGUCUAUUUCAAUUCUAUUUUAAUUCCCAGCUCCAACAUAAGCAACAAGUGAAUAACGUUUCAAGGUCCAAGAUUAACACCCACCAAGAGCCAAAUACCGGUAGAUUUUCUGGCUUACACUAAGAUAAUCUCAGAGCUAAUGUUUGAUGUACUGCAUCAGUGUCCUUGCAAGGCUCCAGAUGCCGUCCUUUUGUUGAUAUAAAAUAGUAUAAAAGAUGGCAUAAAAUCUGCUUCAGGAAAGAUUUAUACUGAAUAUAGUAGUGCUGGCUGAAUAUAAUAGUCUGGAUGAAUAUAGAAGUACUAUUCACAGCUUAGAACAGACUGUUGUUGUUGACAAUGAUUAGCCAAUAAUGGAUCAAUAAUAGUGAGAGUUUAACUGAGAGAAAACAGAACUUUUUAUUGCAGAAAUCACUGAAAUGCACUCAUUAUACUCGACAUAAAAUGUAUCACUGUAAGUGUGUGGAAUCUGUUCAUUUUGUUAGGCUUGUUUUGAGAUAUUCUUAGAACAGGACCUGGUGAAUUGUGUAAAAGACGUGCUAGAUAAGACUGGGGGGAAAGCCGUCUGAUUGCUGUGGUUAAUAAUGUAAUUGUAGUAUCAGGUCAAAGGUUGACCUACAUAAGAUACCCUGUGCUUGUAAUUAAAAGGUCCACAUUUUAGGGAAAUAGACCCACCCCUUAGGCUGACUAUGCCCCUGAUAUAGGUAAAUGUCUGUUAUUAUGAAAGGCUUAUGUAGUUUUAUGAGUUGUACUU